UUUUCAUACCAUUUUAAAAUAUCACACAAGACACAACCUUUACAAAAAUCUUAGGGUUUAAUGACGUGAGUUUGUCUAUUUUUAGGACAGUUUCCUAUCUGUGGCCCUUCUAUAUAUUUUAUUUUCCUUCGCCUUGUGUCUAAUGUCGUUUCGUGUCUCUGUCUAUUUGGACACAACUUGCACCCGACGCGAGUCCUCGGAAGCGAGUUGAAGCAAGCUUUCCCCUUUGCGGUUUCGGUCGGGGACUUCCUCCAUAACUUAUCUCUGUCGAGCUCAACUGAACUGCGGCUGUGCAGAGCGCGAGCUCGCCGGGGUCGCGUUGUGAUGACGGCACGUGAGAGGAGGUGCAGGUUUGCCACGUCGGUCUCUGUGCAACGCAUUUCCACUGUUGCUCUGGGCUAACUUUCAGAGCCGUUUUAUGCCCUCCGCCGGGGAAAGAGGGACCCCGCAGUGUCGCUGUCGCGGCCGUAGCUCGUUGCCACGUCGGAGCAGCGUUGGAUACCGAAGCUGGACGGCGGAGAAAUGCUCGGCGCCGUGUGUAGUCGUCUCCCAACUGACUGAUGCAUCCUCGUUCAGUUCAGCCCCCCGCAUGUUGUCGAUGUUGUUGGUCUGGCAGUACAUGGUGGCAUUUUGAGAGGAACGGUAACUGGCGAUCAUGCCAGGAGGCCGCAGGGGUCCCAGCAGACAGCAGAUAAGUCGCGCCGCCCUGCCGUCCCUGCAGACGCUAGUCGGAGGCAACGUGGGCAAUGGCACUGGCCUCAGGAACAGGAACAGUACCUCGAUGGGUCUGUCUGCCCCGCCGCUUUCUGCCCUCAUCACGCCGGAGCCGGUCCGUCACUCCAGGAUUCCCGAGCUUCCGUCGGACAGCAGCCUGCUGUUUGAGCUCCUGCUUUUCCUUUACUUGCUGGUUGCCUUGUUUGUCCAGUACAUCAACAUCUACAGAACAGUGUGGUGGUACCCGUACAGCCACCCUGCUGCCUCUACCUCGCUAAAUUUCCAUCUAAUGGACUACCACCUUGCUAUCUUCAUUACAGUCAUGUUAGCCAGGAGGCUUGUUUGGACAAUUGUUUCAGAGGUGUCCCAGAGCAGCGGGGGUUCCCUGCUCCGUUAUGUGGUACUAAUUGCAGCUCGGCUCAGCCUGCUGACUUUGUGCGGUUGGGUGCUCUGCUGGACGCUGGUCAACCUGUGCAAGAACCACUCUGUGCUCAACCUCCUCUUCCUGGGAUACCCGUUCGGCGUGUACGUCCCGCUCUGCUGUUUCCACCAGGAGGGGGUGAAAAGCCCGGCGGCGGCGGGCGACUGCGACUACCCGGCCGACCACCAGCCGGCCGACCUGACGGAGUCCCCCUUCUUUCGGCCCCGCGACUUCCUCCUCCUCUUACGGGAGAACCUCCGCGAACAGUUCUCCAGCCCCCCCCACAUGCCCACCCACACCUGCCCCCAGCACACGCACUCCGACACGCCGGAGCUGAUCCGGGCGGAGGUGGAGGAGCUGAAGAGCGACUUCAACCGGCGGAUCAAAGAAGUGCUCUUCAACUCCCUGUUCAGUGCUUACUACGUGGCCUUCCUGCCGCUCUGCUUUGUUAAGAGUACCCAGUACUACGACAUGCGCUGGGCAUGUGAGCAUCUGAUCAUGGUGUGGAUCAAUGCCUUCGUGAUGCUGAUGAGCCAGCUGUUGCCCCCCAGCUACUGCGACCUGCUCCACCGCUCGGCGGCCCACCUGGGCCGCUGGCAGAAGCUGGAGCACGGCUCCUACAGCAACGCGCCUCAGCAUGUGUGGUCCGAAAGCACCAUUUGGCCUCAGGGGGUGUUGGUACGACACAGUCGAAGUCUGUAUAGAGCAGUCGGAGCCUAUAAUGUCGCUCUGCCGUCUGAUGUCUCCCACGCAAGGUUUUAUUUCCUGUUCCACAAGCCGUUGCGGAUCCUGAACCUGCUGAUCUGGAUAGAGUCCAGUGUGGUUUUAUACCAGUUAUACUCUCUGCUGCGCUCCGAGCGCUGGAACCACACGUUGUCUCUGGGCCUUAUUCUCUUCUGCAACUACUAUGUGCUUUUCAAGCUGCUCCGAGACCGCAUAGUGCUGGGCAAAGCCUACUCCUUUCCUCUGUCCUCCGGCAGUUUGGGGCUCAAGUCCCAGUAACUGCAAACUCUGGAUGUGGAGGGGAAGUGGCGGCGUCUCAAGGGACAGACUGUGAACUCAUAAUUGUGUUUUGAUACGGUUCUAUUUUUAAUGCAAUGUUUAUACAUACUUAUUUAAAAGAGUAUUUUUAUUUUGUAUACUAUUUCGUGUUACACCGGGCAUUACCACACUGACGACAUGACCAUGUUGUGUUACGUUGUUGCUAGGCGACAGGAGAGCGCGGGUGCCUGGGGGGUGACUUUCACCAAAGAUGUUUGUUAAGUGCACGUGGCCAAUCACAGAGCGGACCUGGCCUCAGACUGUGGGUAAAACCAGACGGGCAACUUAGACGAGCGGACCGAGUCGUUCCUGAGAUCCUGAUUAUUCUGUGUUCAGCUUUAACCUUAACUCGUAAAUCUGGAGGCGGCGGGCAGGCUGCCGAUUCGAUCGGCACUGCGGCGGCAGUUUACGCCAAUCCUAUUUAGAGUUAGUCUUUUCUGUAAAGAAUGCUUCUAUUUUUCUGGGCAGAGAGUUUAAAGAGUGGAAUCUGUGGCCCGUUUGGCAAAAUUCAAGCACCUUUAAAGCAGAUUUAGAAGGUGAUUUUAUUUUUUAAGUCUGCUUAUUUAACGACACGAAUCUAAAAUCUUCAAGUAUUCGUGCACACUCAAAAGGCCCCCUUUGACUAUUUGUACUGGAUUAAGGGUAACUAAAUCAAAUUUGAUUUGCCCUGAUUGGGCUUCAGUGCUUCUGCUCUCAAACUGCGGUUAGCAGAAACUUGAGCUGGUACAGAUUCCUUCGGUGGAGCCGAGAGAGUGACAUCAACUUCCAGACCAACUCUAAACCAACAUAAAAGAAUGAGGAAAUCCCCAAAAAGUUGCUUUUUUUUCAGUGAAGCUGCGUUUUAGUUCCCGUCAGAGGUGCUUCCUUCUGUCCCCAUUUUACUGCUUUUACUUUCAGAAGCUGCUCGUUAUGUCAUUGGCCUCCUUAAGGGACAUUUACAGUACCCGUUUGAAUGUGAUCAACUCGAAAGAUGUUUGAAAGACUCGGUGUCCUUAAACUCAGAGCACAUUUUUGGAAACCAAUUGGUUAAUAAAGAGAUGUCCCGGCCUUUUUUUUGGUUUAGCUGCUUUAAGAAACCACACAGGUUCAUAAAAAUGUAUUUCUGAACUCACCGUGAAAACAUUUAAUGAAUUGCUGUGACAGUGAAUCACUCUUAUGUACGCUCAAGAUCACCUGCCCAUUGUUUUCCACAGCUUAGACUUUUUCUUUCUGCUUGUACUUUCCAGUAUCUAAGCCUUCUCCUAUUGAAAUGAUCUCAUUGUCAUUUCCAUCUGGUACAGACUAUUGUGACAUUUCACAAUGGAUGUAAAAAUGAACAAAAGUCUGUCAUGUGAGCAGUUCAAACUGCCUUUCAGAUCCCACAAUUUGUGUACAUCCCCUUUUAUUUGAGGGCUUUUCUCAGUCUGGGCCUCAUCCCUGCCAGCUGCUUCAGUCCGCUGUCAGGGUCGAUGUCUGAUUGAGACCUGUAAAAUGCUAACACAAAACAUAUCCAGAAAUAUAUUUCCCUCGUCCCCUUGUUUUUUCAUUUCCAAUUAAAUUGCCUCACUUGGAUCAUAAGGACCUGAAGAGAAAGGAAGUACUUUGAGCUGAAAUGUGUCAAAUGUGCUUAACCUGCCCUGGAUUUAAUACAAACGCCAUUCAUGUGCCAGUUAGCGCAAGUCUGUUUUUUUUGGUGCUCUUGUUCUGAUCAUUUUUUUCCACUUGAAUUUGGCAAACUUGUGCCACUCGAUGGUGCUGUCGAGUUGGUCUGGAUUGCUUGUGGAUCGGGCGGUUUAAUCUGGGCCACAUCACUAAAAAAGCAGUUUUGAAUGGUUGUGAAAAUCAGCAUCUUUGAUUGGACCUUUUCUAAAUUGUAAUACUGAAAUGAGACGUGUUAAGGAUUGCUUUUAGAUUGGGCUUCUAUCACAAAAAUAUUUUUUUUCUUUUAUUUUUGGCCACUCAUAAACACCAGUCUAGACAGAAAAAGAAAGCAAGAAUGAUUUACGAUACGAAAAGAUUUCAAAUGUAUUACCUUUUACCUAAAUUGACCUUUAGGCUGAUUAUCUCCUCUGAAUUUACAUCUGUCUCUUGAGUGGAUAAAAAUGGUGAUGAUGUUAUGUGACCUUUUCUUUUUUUAAAUUAGGUGAGCUGUUUCUCUUAUUUCUCUCUAUUGGAAUGUGCCAUAUCCCAGGAUCCAGGUUCAGACUCAUGGUUAUUCAGUGUACCGGUGCAGAAAGCGUAGGAGCUGUUUUCACAUUUCUGAUUUUGACAGUGUUCAGCUUCCCCACAGCAUUUCUGAAUAUUCUGACAUCUGAAAUAAAACUGUUAAACCAA